AUGACACGAUAUCAGAUCCUCACAUUGAUAUCAAUGGCAUCUGUCAACUUCAGCUCAAUGAUCUGCUACUCUAUACUGGGGCCAUUCUUCCCCAACGAGGCCAUGAAAAAAGGGGCCAGUCAGACUGUCAUCGGACUUAUAUUUGGCUGCUAUGCUCUGUGCAAUCUGAUGGGCUCGUUAGUACUGGGUAAAUAUAUUGUCCAGAUCGGGGCAAAGGUCAUGCUAGUUUCAGGCUUAUUCGUAUCAUCGGGGUGCACCGUUCUCUUUGGCUUACUCGACCGAGUUCCUGAGGGAGCUACUUUUAUUACUUUGUGCUUUAUCAUAAGGUCUGUUGAUGCUCUGGGCUUCAGUGCUGCAAUGACUUCUUCUUUUGCAAUUUCAGCAAAAGUUUUCCCCAACAACAUAGCAACUGUUCUGGGUAGUUUGGAGAUCUUUACAGGGCUGGGUCUGAUACUGGGACCACCAAUAGGUGGAUGGCUGUAUCAGUCAUUUGGAUACGAAGUCCCUUUCAUGGCUCUGGGAUGCUUUCUAUUUCUUAUGGUCCCCUUCAACAUCUACAUCUUACCAAGCUUUGCUGCUGAUCCUACCAAGGACUCCUUCUUCAGGCUGUUCACACGUCUGAAGAUAGUCCUCAUUUGCUUUGCCAUAUUCACCCUGAGCUCUGGACUUGGCUUUCUGGAUGCAACCUUGUCCAUAUAUGCCAUUGAUAAGUUUGACCUCUCUCCAGGUUAUGUGGGUCUUCUCUUGCUUGGCCUGUCGUUGCCUUACUGUCUGGCCUCACCUCUGCUUGGUAUCGUCAGUGACAGGUUUCCUUCCACGAGGCCAUGGUUGAUGGUGCUAGGAGGCUUGUCUACAGCAACUGGUUUCUGGUUCUUAGGUCCUGUCCCCAUUCUGCAGAUACAGAGUCAGCUGUGGCUGUUGGUCUUCAUGCUGGGUGUCAUAGGAUUCUCUCUAAGCAUGAUUGCCAUCCCCACCUUCCCUGAAAUACUCAACUGUGCAUAUGAAAAUGGAUUUGAGGAGGGGCUGAGCACUCUUGGACUGGUGUCGGGAUUGUUUGGAGCAGUGUGGUCCAUUGGAAUGUUUUGUGGUCCAACGCUUGGUGGCUUCACCACACAGCAGCUGAGCUUUGAGUGGGCUGCUUCUGUUCAAGGAGGCCUGGCCUUUUUAGCCCCCUGGGCCAAGUAA